CGUGCUCCCGGCAGGAUCUGGAGUUUAGUUAGUUUCGUAACACGAAAAUAAUCAUAACUUGGCCACAACUGCCCAGAAAGCUAACCCAACCGACCCAGUGAAGUCAGAGUGCGAGUGAGUGAGUGCGUUUGUGUGUCUGUGUUUCGUCGGCGUUGUUGCAAUCAAGCAGCGGCACAAAGGAUUAACAUUCUAGAGCUGCCCGCUUUUUGGUGGCUCCAGAGAGUUUGCACUUUCCCUCGGGGUCCAAAAUAGAAGAAGCAACAACCACCAUUCGGUGGUUCCUCGAGCACGAUUUAUUAAGUUAUCAUCUCUGGUAAGAACUCGGCUGCCCACGUUGCUGGCUUUAGCAGUUGGUGAUAAAGUAGUAAAUCAGUGUCCAUUACUGGCUUAAGAAGUGGCUUUGAUGUACCAGUAGUGGCUAGCGUUCAAGUAAUCUGUCGUGCAGUGAAAAACCAUCCAGAAAGAAGAGGACACAACUCAAGGAAUAUCCCCAGCCCAUCAACCGAAACAGCAGCAAUUUCAAUUAUGUAUAGUUCCAGAGAUUCUCCCAAAAUGCCACACCUGUCCGCCAUCUGUUUGAGUUUGGUCGUCGUUUCGGUUUUGGUGCAAGAUGCUAAUGCAAAACGGGGCUGUGCAGCAUUCGGUCACGCCUGUUACGGUGGCCAUGGAAAACGAUCGUCGCAUCCGCUUCCGGCCGGGGGUCUCGCCCUCAUCGGUGGUGAGAUAGAAUCCGGUGGAGGAUCUUCAAACGACAGUCCGGUUCCUCCUCUACCUUACCUCAAGCUGAUGGAACGUAGCAAAAGUUUAGAUCUUGCACCAGAGCUGAGAACCUUAGCUGAUGACGGUAUGCUGGACAAUGGGCUCAUCAUUCGAGAGGAACCUGUGCCAUCUUACAACGGCCACGAGCAGUUUGAGCAGGGAAUGCGAUUUGCGAUGAAUGCCAUUUUGAGACAGUUGAUUGGAGAAAAACGGCAAAGGCAACGGCUGGAUUUGAUCCCAAAUUACCAACCCAGUGAACCGGCCAUGUCAUCUCAGCUGAUAGAAAGCGAAACGAAGUAAAACAAGCGAGCCCAAACUUAUGAACCUAGAGAAGCCGAUUUGAUCCAACUGCAAUCGUAGGCUGCAAAUAACCGAACCGGGAGAGUCAUGCUGAAAAAAUUUCCGCCCCAAUGAAAUCCAAACGCAGUUGCAGUCGCAGUUUCCAGAUCGUGUGACUUUCAGGUCCCAUUCAUCGAAGCAAAACAAAAAUAACAAAAAGAACAAUCAACUAAAAACCGAUGUGACAACGAACAGGGAGUUCAUUUUGCAAUUUAGCCUAAUAAUUUAUCUCUUUAGUUUCCUAUUUUUUGCCUCUCACUCAACCUUUGGAAAUAUAGAAACAGUACUUGAAAUAAUAUUUAAAAAAAAUGCAUCUUCUUCCGGGCUAGUGACCAAUGCUCGAUUGACUGAAUAAGGGAAAGAUUCCAAGUUUUUGUUCCACGAAGCAAACGGAAUGGAUAAUUAUGUUGAAUUGUUAUCAUACAAUCAUGGUUGUAUACAGAAAACUAAUUUAUCUGAAGAAACACACAAAAAUACUAUGUCAAUAUGCAAUAGCUGUUGUUUACUGUAAAUAUUAAGAGACGAAGCAUUACUAGUCGGUAAAUUUUAAUCGAGCAAUCGAAAGAGUAAAAGAACAAAAAAAUGUAUUUCACCCAUACCAGCAACAUGCACCAUUCCAACAAAUUGUGACUGGAGUAAUAAGAAAGAAAAUAAAUAAUGAUGAUCUGAUAGUUUGUAGGAACCCGUCAGGCUGGAACGGUUCUGUCAAACUAUUGCAACAUGAA